AUGCGCAAGGCUGACUAUGUGACCCCUUUCGUUUCAAUCGAUAGCUUCGUCAAGAACCUGAGUGGAAACACUCUCACUCUGAACGCAGAGCCCACCGACACUAUCUCCGCCAUCAAGUCCCAGGUUUUCGAGAGAGAGCUCGUUUCUGUCGAUGAACAGCGAUACGUCUUCGGUGGAAAGCACAUCCGCGAUGAAUUCCCAUUGAGCGAAUACGGCAUCCAGAAGGUAUGCUUGAACAACAGCACCCGGAAGACUAAAGAUAUCAACUCUAUCCGAGAUUAUGAGUCCACCCUUCACCUUGUCCUCGACCUUCCCGGUGGUAUCAUCGAGCCCUCCUUGAAGGCCCUUGCCUCCAAGUUCAACUGCGAGAAGAUGGUCUGCCGAAAGUGCUAUGCCCGUCUCCCUCCACGUGCCACCAACUGCCGAAAGAAGAAGUGCGGACACACAAACCAGCUCCGACCAAAGAAGAAGCUGAAGUAA